UUACACUCUGGUGGAAUCAUCUCAAACAGGGCAUCACCAACAGUGAUCGUGAGGGCGUAUUUGAAGGAUUACAACCAAAUCGCAACUUGAGAGAGCUUUGUGUGAAACAUUACACGGGAAUCUAGUCUCCUGUUUGGCUAUCCUCUGAAUACUUAUCCAAUAUUCACUACAUUGAACUGCUCUCCUGCCAUAAAUGGGAGACCCUUCCACCUUUUGGGAGCUUACCCUUCCUGAGGAUAUUAAAGAUAAUGCAUUUGAAGAAACUGGAAAAUAUUGAUUCUGGAUUCUAUGGCAACACUGCAGAGGCAUUUCCAUCACUAGAAGAGCUUCUGUUUGAAGGCAUGACUCAGUGGAAAGGAUGGUCAGGCAUUGAGAACAACCAGCAUGCAUUUUCUCGCCUGCGUGACAUCCGUAUCAAGAAAUGUAAUGAGUUAAUGGGGCCAUUGCCGUUCCCACCAUCAGUCAACAAAAUCAAAAUUUCAGUAUCUGAUUUGACCUCUAAGAAUAUAACCAGUUGUGAACCUGAAGAUACAGCUGAUGUCAACACAUUCUUCAGUGUUCAGCUUUCCCUGGACUGCUUGGAAUUUCUCAUUAGAUCUCUUCAAACAAGCAGCCUAGCGACCGUUCAUGUGCUGGAUAUCUCAUGCGACUACCUGGAGGCUCUUGACAAGGCUCAUGAGGAAUGGCUGCAACAACUCACUUCAGUGAAGGAACUUCGCUUCACUGGCUGCCUAGAAUUGACAUCACUGCCAUCCAACAUGAUUCAUCUUACAUCUCUUGAGUCUCUGUACAUAGAGCAAUGUCCAAAACUUGAGUUGCUUCCCCUGAUGGGUUUGCCUCUUUCCCUGAAGAAACUCACUGUCAUAAGAUGCCGCAAAACAUUUGGUCAGCUCUCCUCUGAGAUCAACACAAGUAACAACACAACGCUAGGAAGUAGAAGUGGCGAGAAGUUCCUGUUCUGGAAUAAUAGAUGGUUGAACAAGGGCUGGAAUGAGCAGCCUUUGCCAAUACUAUUCUCUCUUGCGUCAACAAGCAUCAUGAACAAGCACACUGUUCAGAAGGCUCUGAGCAAGAAUGCAAGGAAUGCUGAUGUCUUGGGAUCUCUCGACGUUCAGAAGAAAUGGAGAGUAUUCAGUAUGAAGUCCAGGGUAUUGGUUAUACCGGUGCAACAUGUUGGUGGUUGA